AUGGGUGCGGAAUGUCGCCGGGUAUGUUAUAUUAAUCUUAUAAACCAUUUUUCAGAGGAGGCACGCAAUGUUAUAAUUUUUGGAAAGUCUCUUAAGCGAUCAGUUGAUGGAUCAUCAAUUGGAAUGUAUGGCAACGGAUUGAAAUCGUAUGUUCUUUAUACAGAUCUUACGAACAUUAUUAGGGGUUCGAUGCGUAUUGGAAGCGAUAUGAUACUGUUUACAAGGAGGGAAGCCAUUGAUAAAAGCCCCCUCGCUUCAUCUCCAGAAGAGCUUAAGAAGCACGAAUUGGAAAUGCAAAUUAUUCUGAAGUACUCGCCCUUCCGGUGCAACAAGGACUUUUUCUCCCAGUUUGACAAAAUUAAAGGAGAGACAGGAACUUUAGUGAUCAUAUACAACAUGAAGCUUUUGGAUACUGGUGCUCCCGAAUUGGACAUUAACACGGAUCCUCGGGACAUCCUCCUUAUGGCAAGUUCUGACAAAGACGACCCGAUGGAACCGCAUGCAGACAUAGAACUGCCACCGGAAAAGCGUAGUCUCAGGGCCUACGUGUCUAUCCUGUACUCCGAUCCCCGUAUGAAGGUCUAUAUUCAGGGACGAAAAGUGCAGACAAAGCGUCUUCUGGACAUCCUGUACGCUGCCAGACGGUAUAAUUUCGCAAGCAAAACGUUUCGGAUGCGAGCAGAGCGCGAUCUUGCGAAAGCAAAGAAUGACGUGAAAAUCGCCGAACUGCGUGCGAGGGAGGCAGAAAGCAAGGCGAGAGAUUGCGAAUUGCGUUAUGAGGGCUCGAAAGAUCCUGAACAUUUGAAACUCGUACGCCGGCUAAAUAAUGCUGCUGCCGAGUUGCGCAAUCUGGUUACUCUGCGCCAAAACACCGUCGCUCGGAAGCAGAAGGCCCUCAAGGAGCCGAAGACCCUUACCUUCUACUUUGGCAUGAACGUAGUUAAUCGAGCCUGUGAUGGCAUGUUUAUCUACAACUGUUCGCGCCUCAUCAAGAUGUACCAACGAAUAGGUCCCCAGCAGGACUCCAGCAUGAUGUGCCGCGGUGUUGUCGGUAUUGUUGAUGUUCCCUACAUGGUUCUCGAACCAACACAUAACAAGCAGGAUUUUGCUGAUGCAAAAGAAUUCCGCCAACUCAUGCGUGCCAUGGCCGAUCAUUUGAUGCAGUACUGGGACGACUUGUCUAUCGACAAGAACGGUAGUGAGGACAUAAACCGCUUUUGGAAGAGCUUCGGCUACCUAUCCGCACGUUGGCGCGACCCACCCAGCAACGAGGAGAAGUACGCCCGCAAACGGUACUCCUGUGUAUCCAUUUGUGUGCAGUGCGGUAAGUAA